GUGUGCCAUGCUGCAUCGGUAGCUCAGCCGGUGCACCAGAGUCAUGACGCAGAACAAAGCAAAUUGUCCUAAGACUAUUCGCAGCGAGAGUGAGAAAAUGAUCAUCGUGCGAGAGGCACGGGUGGCUAAUAUCUUUCGUGGGAGGAGCUAUUAACGACGGCGCUGAGGUCAUUCUUGAUUACCUUCAUGGACACAGUCGCCCGUAUUCGGUAUGCUAUCGAGAUAUCAGCCAAUCUACACGCAGCGGUCACCAAGGCGUAUGCCGCCAGAGCAUUACGAGACUUGUGGCACGACAAGCAGAUUGGAGGACAGACAGCGGGAAAACAAGUAGUGUAUCACGCUUUACAAGAAGCUCCCAACGAGGUCACAUCGGAAACCUUCGUAACCCUGGAUGAGCACAUUGAGAAAGCCCAGGGCAAGCUUUCCAGUCUUCAGAUCCACAAGAAAAAGGUACGAAUGGAGCUGGCAGCCCUCCAUGCGAAACCUUUACUGUCUGAGCUUCGUCGAGAUGUGGAUCAACUUGGUCGAGAUCAAGCAACAACCCGGACAAUCUGGCUCACAAUGGAGGGGAAUGCUUCGAUGCCCGUGCCCGUGCCCGUGCAUAUGACAAGCGCACGUGCCGAAGAAGAUUGGAAGCGCUGGAAAAAGCACGCUAGCAGUCGUGCUCGGAUCUGCUGUGACCUAUGGCGAAGGUGCUUGGAUGCGUUGUCAAGCGACACAGCUUGGGAAGAGCUCUGGGGUUGGAAGGGCCCCCGUUACGCCGAUCAAAUGAUCACUCAAGCUCGUGAAGAAAGUCGUUGA